CUUCAUUUGAAUAAUGCAUGUACAAUGUUGCCCUCGCCCCCAACCCCAUAUUAAAAGUUAUACAAGACCCAUCAUCCGUAAACCCCAAGACUGAAAUUCUCAGUUAUCCCAGAUAUCGACGACCGACGGCCUCUGGGAACUCCCGAAUUAUCCCUUCACACACGCACACACAAAAUCAAACUACAGAAUGGUUUAUAUCACAUCGUGGGACGAUUUCGUGGAGAGAUCCGUCCAGUUGUUUCGUGCUGAUCCCGAAUCUACGCGUUAUGUGAUGAAAUACAGACAUUGUGACGGCAAAUUGGUUCUCAAGGUCACCAAUAAUCGUGAGUGCCUCAAGUUUAAGACAGACCAGGCACAGGAUGCAAAAAAGAUGGAGAAGCUGAGCAACAUAUUCUUUACUUUGAUGGCCCGUGGUCCUGAAGCCGAUAUAUCAGAAGUCACUGGAAAAGAGCAGAUGGAAUCACAACCAGGCAAGAAAGGAAGGGGAAGAAAACAAUAACAUUGUUUGAUACUUGUGAAAUAGGUUUUUAACAAAUAUUACAUUAGUUGGGAAUAUAAAAGAUUUUGUUUGUUAUGCCAGUUAAAACUCAAUUCCAAUGGAUUUUUUGCUAACAUCAAUGUGUUAAUCAUUUUAGUUUUCUGAUUAGUGAAUGAAUUAUAGUGAUUGUGUUUCA